CCUCGAUGAACUUUAGUUGCAAACAACACUUGCAGAAGUGACAUUUCACAGAUAACACUGUGAAUUUAGCAAACAGUCCUCGCCGGCGGCCCUCUUCCGCUACCUGAGCUCCUCCGCGUCAGAGGCUAAUAAUUCUAAGCCUCUGGUUCGAGUUAAGUGCAAAUCCUCUGCCGGCCUAUUAUUGAUUUUUCCACAGCAGGCGGUGCCGGAGCUGGGAAAGGCCGUGCUCCGCAUGAUGGGAUUUUCUGUCUGCCGGUUGGAAACUCCGGCGAGGUUGAUCUGGAGCACCAGUUUCUUCCGCCAUAAGCUCAUGCUUUUCUAAUACAGUUUUGAUAGUCAAAAGAAAGCCAGUAAUUAACUCCAAUUAGCAUCCAUCAUACUACAUAGCAUUUCAAACUCUGCACCAGUGUUCCGGAGAGAAUUGUAUAUACAUAAUCGCGCUUGUGAAAAAAUUGUGGUUGAGUGAGGGUUCGUUGGAUCGGUCGGCGCAGGAGAUCGGAGAAAAAUAAUGGAUUCGGGGCGUAUUUUCUUUGAUUCCUCGAGCAACGGCAACCUGUUGUUUCUCGGAAACGGAGACUCGAUUUUUCGAGGUGGAAGUAGAGUGAUGAACAUGGGGGAAAGCUCGAAGAGGCGACCUUUCUUCGGCACGGCGGAGGAUUUGUAUGAUGAAGAAUAUUACGACGAACAGUUGCCGGAGAAGAAACGUCGCCUCACUCCUGACCAGGUGAACCUGCUGGAGAAGAGCUUCGAGGAGGAGAACAAGCUGGAGCCAGAGCGCAAGACCGAACUGGCGAAGAAGCUGGGGUUGCAGCCGAGGCAGGUGGCGAUUUGGUUCCAGAACCGCCGAGCGCGGUGGAAGACGAAGCAGUUGGAGAGGGAUUACGAUCAUCUGAAAUCCUCCUACGACUCCCUCGUCUCCAACUACGACUCCAUAAUCAAGGAAAACAACAAGCUCAAAGCUGAGCUGCUUUUCUUGACGGAGAAAUUACAACCAAAAGAAUCGACCCAAGAAGAAGGGUUUGAUAUCCAGAACCCGAAUCCAACUCCGGCGCCAUACCUCCAGCUCAUUAUGAAGGUGGAGGACCGCCUCAGCACGGGCCGGCAGCGCCGCGGCCAGCUUCUCGACAGUGGGGACUCCUACUUGGAGUAUCAGCAGGGUUGCAUGGCGUCAGUAGAGGGCGUGAAGUCGGAGGAAGAUGAGGGCAGUGAGGAGGGGGGUAGCUACUUCUCCGACGUGUUCGCUGCCCCGGAGCCGCAAGAGCCGGUUGGUUGGUUUAUGUGGCCUUGAUUUUAGAUUAAUAUUAUUAAAAAUGUCUAAAAAUAAUGCCAAGUCAUGUACCUACAACGCAACCAUGCAUGCGCAUGCAUCACUUCCUGAAUGUAAAUUCAGGUUUUUCCUAUUUUUAUCUAAAAUAAUAAAGUGAAAAAUUGUCAUCAAAUUCA